AUGGCGAUUACCGCAGCAAUGGUUAAAGAACUGCGUGAACGGACCGGUCUGGGCAUGAUGGACUGUAAACGUGCGCUUGAAGCAACCGGUGGCGAUCUGGAGCAGGCAAUUGAAGAACUGCGUAAGUCGAGUGCAUUAAAAGCAGCCAAGAAAUCCGGCCGCACAACGGCGGAUGGCCUGUUGGGCAUUAAAGUGGCUGAUGAUGGCAGCCGCGGAGCAGUUGUAGAGGUCAAUAUCGAAACUGACUUUGCGGCUAAAAACGAGAAAUUUAUUGCCUUUGUAGACAAGGUGCUCAAUCAGAUCUUUGCUGCAGGCAACAAUGAUUUGCAGGCGCUGUUAGAUGCAGGCCUUGAGGCUGAGCGUGAAACUCUGGUUCAGGAAAUUGGUGAAAAUAUCACCAUCCGCCGGGCCGAAGUCAUUAAUUCCCAGACCGGUGGCAUUACCAGCUACCUGCACGGUGAUUCCCGCAAAGGCGCUUUAGUGGAACUGUCCGGCCCUGCUGAAGAAUUGGGACGGGAUGUGGCUAUGCAUGUCACUGCUUUGAACCCUUUAGUGGUUAACAGCACUGAUGUGCCCGCGGAGCUUCUUGCGAAAGAGCGGGAAAUUUACACCACGCAAGCCAACGAUAGUGGCAAGCCUGCGGAAAUCGUCGAGAAGAUGGUAGAUGGCAGGGUGAAGAAAUUUCUGGCCGAAGUCAGCCUGGUCGAUCAGCCUUUUGUCAAAGACGAUAAGCAGAAAGUCGGUGCGCUGGCGAAAGCAGCUGGCGUUGAGGUUUUGCGCUUUGUCCGCUUUGAGGUGGGUGAGGGCAUUGAAAAAGACGAAACUGAUUUUGCUGCAGAAGUGCUGAGUGGCGAAGCCCUCGGCGGUGAAGCCGGCUUUGGUCUGGAGCCCGCUGUGUUACAGCAGCUGGCUGCAGACAUCAAAGUGCUCACCAAGCAGGGUGUGUCGCUGGCGUUAGUGUUGGGCGGCGGCAACGUGUUCCGCGGUCAGAAACUGGCGGAAUCUGGUAUGGACCGUGUGGUUGGCGACAGAAUGGGCAUGCUGGCCACAGUAAUGAAUGGCUUGGCCAUGGGCGAUUUCCUGUCCCAGGCUGGCGUUGCCAACAAGCUGUUUUCCAGUAUGGAUAUUCCUGGUGUCGCGCAGGGAUAUCACCGCGACGAGGUCCGCGAUCUGCUGCAGCAGGGUGUCGUUUGUAUUUUAAGUGGCGGCACCGGGAAUCCUUUUUUCACCACCGACACGGCAGCCUGUCUGCGUGGUGUGGAGUUGAACGUCGACGCCGUGCUGAAAGCCACCAAUGUCGACGGCGUUUACGAUGCAGAUCCGAAAAGUAACGCACACGCCCGUAAAUUCGAUACGGUCAGCUACGAUGAGGUUUUACAGCGCCAGUUAGGUGUUAUGGAUCUGACGGCGAUCAUUCUUUGCAAAGAGAACGCGAUGCCGCUUGUGGUGUUCGACAUGAUGGCAAAAAACGUUCUGCAGGACAUUGCGGCCGGUAAAUCAAUAGGGGUAGUUGUCACCAUGAUAGAUGAGAUUGUUGAAGAUGCAGACGAACGUAUGGGGAAAUCAUUGGAUUCACUCCAGCAGGCGUUUGCAAAAAUCAGAACCGGGCGCGCUAAUCCGUCACUCCUGGAUACCGUUACCAUUGAGUACUACGGGUCGGUCACACCACUAAGUCAGGUGGCCUCCAUAUCAGUCGAAGACGGUCGCACCCUGACGGUUUCCCCCUGGGAAAAACCGCUCAUUCCAGAAAUCGAAAAAGCCAUUUUGAAAAGCGACAUUGGUAUCACCCCAGUGUCGACCGGAGAUGUCAUCCGCGUGCCAUUGCCGCCGUUGACCGAGGAGAACCGCAAAGAUCUGGCCAAAGUUGCGCGCAGCGAGGCGGAAAACUGCCGCAUUGCUAUCCGUAAUAUUCGUCGUGAUGCCAUUAACGACGUACGUGAGCUGGUGAAAGAGAAAGAGGCCACUGACGACGACGCGCAUCGCGCAGAGGAUCGGAUCCAGAGCGUCACAGCAGCGCUCCAGGGCUCCGACUCUAUCCAAAUGAACAACAACGUUAAGCCAGGAUCCUCGCCUGCGUCAAACAACGUCGCAACAGAUGUUCAGCUCAGUGUGCCAAAGCACAUUGCAAUCAUCAUGGAUGGUAAUCAUCGCUGGGCGAAGAAGCGUCAUUUGCCUGGUGCUGCCGGACAUCGAGCUGGUGCCAAAAGGCUGCGUGAAAUAGCUGAAGCCUGUGCUGAUCUCGGCGUCGAAAAUCUUACCCUGUUUGCUUUCAGCACGGAGAACUGGCAGCGGCCGACACGUGAAGUCAGCCUGUUGAUGGAUCUCAUGCGACAUGUCAUGGAAAACGAUCUGGCAGAGCUCAAUCGUCGUGAGGUGCGCCUGCGCGUAAUUGGUGAUCGCUCCCGGUUUGCGCAGGACAUACAGGCGAAAAUGGCGGACUGUGAGGCGUUAACCGCGACCAAUACAAAACUCAACUUAAGUGUCGCAGUUAACUUCGGCGGCCGCUGGGAUAUCGUAGAAGCGGCUAAAAGCAUGGCAAAACAAGUGCAGAGGGGAGAGCUUGAUCCCGAACUGAUCACUGAAGAAGAGUUUGCCCGGCAUAUGGCGCUGGGACAGAUCCCAGACCCUGAUCUGCUUAUCCGCACCGGUGGCGACCAUCGAUGGUUUGCGCUGGUUUUCUGGGCGGUAUCGGCGCUGGGUUGUUUUGAGUGGGCCAAUCUUCUGCACCUGCAGAAAACCGCGCAGAAGCUCGCCUAUGUGGCCGCCUAUGGUGUGCUGGCAGGCGCGCUUUAUUCAGGCCUGGCAAGUUACGCCGCGGCUUUAUGGCUUGGUGCUCUGGUCUGGUUGUUUGCGGUCAUCGGAGUGUUGGUUUUCCCCAAGGGCACGGAGAUUUAUCGCCAGCGCCUGUUGAUGGGCCUGCUUGGCUGGGCUUUGUUUGUGGCGGCCUGGUCAGCUCUGGUGGUUAUUCGUUCAGCGCCACAGGGUAGUUUCUGGUUGGUGUGGCUGUUUGUGUUGGUCUGGGGUGCGGACAUCGGCGCUUAUUUCAGCGGUCGUGCAUUCGGCAAACGAAAACUCGCCCCUGCGGUGAGCCCGGGUAAAAGCUGGGAAGGGGCGAUUGGCGGGUUCGUGCUGGCAGCUGUUUUGUGUGGCGUGGGUGCGGCGCUGCUGCAGGCCGACCUGAGAUUCUGGCUGCCGUUGACAGCGGGUUUGAUUGUUCUGUCGGUCUUUGGCGAUUUGUUUGAAAGCGUCAUGAAAAGGUCCAGCGGCGUUAAAGAUUCUGGCACACUGCUGCCCGAGCACACUGUGGAUUUAUUGCAUUACCCAUUAGCGUUUAUUGCCGUUCUCGGGGUCCUGGUGACCUUCCAUGAGUUUGGGCAUUACAUUGUUGCUCGCUGGUCUGGCGUGGGUAUUCUGCGUUUUUCUGUUGGUUUUGGGCGUCCGCUGCUGUCACGGACUGACAAACACGGCACGCAGUUCACCCUUGCCAUGAUACCGCUGGGUGGCUACGUACGUAUGUACGACGAGCGCGACAUGCUUUCUGAGGAUGACGCUGAGAUAGGCGUACCGCCAGGUACCGUGUCUUUCAUGGAUCUGCAUCCUGCCUGGCGGAUCGCCAUUUCAUUAGGCGGUCCCGUGGCUAAUUUCAUUCUUGCCAUUGUGGUUUAUUGGGCACUGGCUGUAGCGGGCAGCUUCAAUAUCACGCCGAUGGUUGCGUCUGCUGCUGCUGACAGUCCUGCAGCGCUGGCUGGCCUUGAUCAACCGGUCCAGAUUCUCAGCGUUGACGGGCGGGUAGCCAAUGGCUGGCAGGAUAUCGGCCUCGGGCUCACUGAUCGAUUGGGUGAAAGUGGGGUUAUCGCGCUGGGCGUGCGCGAUCUGCAGACCAACCGCUCGUUUACCGUCGACGUACCCAUUAUGGAUUGGCACGAAGGUGUUGGUGAACCUGACGUUAUUGGUUCUCUGGGUCUGCAACCUGUGGUGCUCAGCGUUGUCGGUGAACUGGUUGAAGACUCACCCGCUGUGCAGGCUGGUCUGCAGCCGGGCGACUUUGUCACCGCUGUAAACGGCGAGCCUGUCCUGUCCUGGGCAGAUUGGGCCGGGCAGAUCGAGCAACAUCCAAACCAGCGUAUCAGCAUAGAGCUCUACCGCGAGGGACGCCAACUGCAGAUCAGUGCUACGCCCGGCAGCCGGAUGUUGAGCGACGGCACCGAAGUCGGUUCAAUCGGAGUUUAUCAACCGCAGAUAGAAGUGUCCCAUGGGGUGCUGGGUGCCGUCGGUGUAGGUGUCACCGAGACCUGGGAUAAAACGGUGAUGAUUCUAUCCGUCGUCAAAAAAAUGAUUACCGGUAAGGUGUCCGUUAAAAAUCUGUCUGGACCUAUCAGUAUCGCCCAGGUGGCCGGAGAUUCUGCAAAGUACAGCUGGCGUUCUUUUGUUGGUAUCCUGGCGUUUCUCAGUGUUUCGCUGGGUGUUUUUAACCUGUUACCCAUUCCUAUCCUUGAUGGCGGCCACGUGGUUAUGCACACUGCGGAACUGGUCACCGGCCUGCUCCUGCUCACAGCUAACCUGCUCCCCGUUACCGCACUGGCUGCUGAGGAUCCAAGUUUUCGCAUCACAGAUGUGCGCCUGCAGGGGUUACAGCGGGUUUCUGCGGGUACUGUUUUCAACCUUAUUCCAGUUGGGGUGGGCGACCAGCUGGAUCAGCUGGCGGUGCGCGCGACCCUGCGUGAAUUGUUUGCUUCCGGAUAUUUCAAAGACAUCCGUAUUGGUCGCGACGAUGGCGUGUUGAUUGUCACCGUGGUUGAGCGCCCGGCGAUCGAAUCGAUCACCAUUGAAGGUAACAAAGCGAUUCAAACAGAAGCCUUACUGGACGGAUUAGGCCAGCAGGGUUUGCGUGAAGGGGAGAUUUUCAAGCAGGCAACGCUGGAGCGCGUCGGUCUUGAACUGGAACGUCAGUAUGUCGCCCAGGGUCGCUAUGGCGCCAGUAUUGAGACGGAGAUUGAAGAGCUGCAACGCAAUCGGGUCAAUGUCAAAAUUGUCAUUGAGGAAGGCAAAAACUCAGGUAUUCGCCACCUCAAUAUCGUCGGUGCGCAGGCGUUCAGUGAUGCAGAAUUGCUCGACGUGCUGGAACUGAAACACCCCAGCCUGCUGUCGUUUUAUCGUAAUGACGAUAAGUACUCGCGGGAGAAAUUAUCCGGCGACCUGGAAACUCUGGAAUCUUUUUACAAAGACCGAGGUUAUGCCGACUUCGACAUUUACUCUACCCAGGUAAGUAUCACGCCUGAUCGGCAACAGGUUUACAUCACCAUCGGUAUUAAAGAAGGUGAUAUCUACACCAUCAAUGAAGUUAAUCUGGUUGGCGAACUCGGUGAUGUUCGACCAGAAGAUUUACGCCGUCUGUUUGUGGUUUCCGAAGGCCAGACCUUUAAUCAGGCUCGCAUUACGGCCACCGAAGAGCGUUUAACCGGUGCGCUGGGUAACUCGGGUUUUACCUUCGCCUCUGCCAGUGGGGUGCCAAAAUUGAACGAUGACGGCACUGUAGACGUUGAGUUCUUUGUUAACUCCGGCAAGCGGGCGUAUGUACGUCGCGUUUCGUUUACCGGCAAUCGGGUUACCCAGGACGAAGUGAUGCGGCGUGAAUUGCGCCAGAUGGAAGGUGGCUGGGCAUCCUCUUCACAAAUUGAUCUGUCAAAAGUUCGACUUGAACGCUUAGGUUAUUUCAAAGGGGUCGACGUUGAAACGCCACCGGUGCCUGGUACUGACGAUCAGAUAGAUGUGAAUUUUUCUGUUGAGGAACAGCCUUCAGGCAGUAUUUCUGCCACCCUUGGUUACGCCCAGGGUACCGGACUGAUUCUUGGCGCAAAUUAUCAGCAAUCGAAUGUGUUGGGUUCAGGUAACAGUCUGGGUGUGGGUCUGAGUGCUUCAAGUUUUCAGGAAUCAGCAAGUUUUAACUAUUUCGACCCGUAUUACACCCUGGAUGGUAUCAGCCGUGGGUUUAAUGUUUUUGUGCGCCGGUUGGAUUUUGAUGAGCGCAACAUUGCGCGUUAUGCCACAGAUUCAGCAGGGGCGGGUGUUAAUUUCGGUUUUCCGAUCGGUGAAGUGCAGCGCAUCAAUUUCGGCCUGCUGGCUGAGUGGACGGACAUUACCGAGGGUGCUUUUGCUGCCCAGGAAAUUUCCGACUUUAUUGAGAAAAACGGCGAAGAGUCGCUGAACUUCAAGCUGAAUUUUUCCUGGAGCAAGUCAACUCUAAACCGUGGUCUGUUUGCCGACCGCGGUGCGUCUCAAUCGUUGGCGUUUGAGGUCUCCGUACCAGGCAGCGACCUGCAGUUCUACAAAAUCAACUACACCGCAGAACGUUAUUUCCCGAUUACGCAGACCUGGACACUCAGGUUGCGCUCCGAACUUGGCUUCGGUGAUGGUUAUGGCUCGACAACACAACUGCCGUUCUAUCAGAACUUCUUUGCCGGCGGUUUUGGUUCUGUACGCGGGUUUGAGAAUUCAACGCUGGGUCCACGCAGCACGCCACCGGUUGAUGCCAAUGGCAAUCCUAUUUUCAUUGGCGACCGACGUGGUGACCCGCUGGGCGGCAACCUGUUAGUGGAAGGCUCUGCAGAACUGAUCUUCCCAUUCCCGUUUGUUGAUGAUAACCGGCAGUUCCGCCCCGCUUUUUUUGUUGAUGUCGGCAACGCCUUCAAUACCCAAUGCCCUGAAGUUGCGCAGAACUGUUUCGAUUUUGAUCUGGACGAACUGCGUUAUUCCGUCGGGUUUGGUAUGACCUGGUUGACCGGCCUCGGUCCCAUGACGUUCAGUAUCGCAAAACCUUUUCAAACCCAGCCGUUUGACGAAGAGGUAAUGAUUAAGAAGUUUGCCCAAAUGGCGAUGGUAGCCAUGAUGUUCGCCACUGUGGCAGCUCAGGCUGAAAUGAAAAUAGUAGUACUGGAUUCAGUGCGUGCCAUUCUGGAGAGUGAUGAAGCCAAAAUUCUGGCUGAUGCCGCGAACAAAGAAAUGGAAGCUGAACAGAAUGAACUGCGGGCCCUCGCCGAGGAAAUGCAGGCAUUGAACACGAAGCUGCAGACAGACGGAGAAGUCAUGUCAGCAACGGAAUCGCGCAAGGUGCAGAAGGAUAUCGAAGAUAAACAGAUAGAUCUGCAAUUCCGCGGUCAGAAGCUGCAGAAAGAAGUUCAGGACAGACGUCAGGAAAUCCUCCAGGAACUGGCGCCAAAGUUCGACAAAGUCUUAAAAGACAUUAUUUCUGUUGAUCAGAUCGAUCUGAUUAUGGCGCCCAAUGCGCUGCAGUAUGCCAACUCAAAACACGACAUCACUCGUCGCGUCACAGAAAAGUUGAACGAAGAGCAUAUUGCGCAAACGAUUGACGCAACGGUAGCCGGUGAUAGUGCUGUCGAGCUGCAUGGUCUGGGUAGUCUGGGCAGUGCCAGCGCCGGUCAGCUGAGCCACCUUUCCAGUUCGAAUUAUCGGCAUAUGCUGGCCACAACCGAGGCCAGCGCCGUUAUCCUGCGUCCGGAAGAUGCUGCGGAUUGCCCGACUACUGCUCUGAUUGUCGAUAACCCCUAUCUGGCCUUUGCCAAAGCGUCCAUGUGUUUUGUACAACCUGUGCAGAUGGCUGCGGGCAUUCAUGCCAGUGCUGAAAUCGGCGAAAACUGUCAGAUUGAUGCAACUGCCAGCAUCGGCCCUCAUGUUGUGAUUGGCGCGGAAACGGUUGUUGGUGCGGGGGUUAAAAUUCACGCAGGUGUGAGUGUCGGGGCGCGUUGUCAUCUCGCGUCCGGCGUCAUGCUGCAUGCCAAUUCAACCCUCUACAGCGAUGUUCAACUGGGCGAAAAUACUCAGAUACACAGUGCAGCGGUGAUUGGAGCCCCCGGGUUCGGGUUUGCGCCAGAUGCCAUGGGGCAUCUGCAUGAAAUUGCUCAGAUUGGUGGCGUUGUUAUCGGUGCCAACGUCAGUGUUGGGGCGGGUUCUACCAUUGACUGCGGGGCGAUUGAUGCCACGGUUAUUGAAGAGGGAGUGAAAAUCGAUAACCAGGCCAUGGCGCAGCUGUCCGGCGUGCUGGCAUUUGAAACCAAAGACAAGCGUCCGGCGGAUGGUGUGAACUAUCUGUUUGGCGGUGUUGAAAAGGCGCGCUUCCGACGUCCGGUUAUUCCAGGUGAUCGCCUUGAUAUGGUCAGCAAGAUAAUCGCCGAUCGCAGCCGCAUGAUGAAAUUUGAGUGUGAAGAAACCCAUCUGACCAUUGGUGAAAAUACCGUCAUACGGGAAGGUGUGACCAUUCACCGGGGCAUGACAAAAGGCGGCAUCAGUCGCACUGAGGUGGGCAAAAACUGUCUGCUUAUGGCCUAUGUUCAUAUCGGUCACGACUGCAUUGUUGGCGAUCACGUGGUGAUGGCAAACAACGCUUCUCUGGCAGGCCAUGUCGUGGUUGGCGAUUAUGCUAAUUUCGGCGGCUAUUCGGGUAUUCCUCAGUUCCGUCAUAUCGGCGCCUAUACCCAUAUCGCAGCCAUGAGUCUGGUGCUUAAAGAUGUACCUGCUUACAUGACAGUCAGUGGCAACCCAGCUGUUGCAGUGGGAUUGAAUACCGAAGGCAUGAAGCGACGUGGCUAUUCCAAAGCAACAAGCGCAGCCCUGCGCCAGGCACACCGUAUUGUCUAUCGCAACGGUUUGACCGUAAAAGAAGCGUUGGCGGAGUUAGCGCCUAUGCGAACCGAAUUUGCGGAAGUUGACCUGUUUGCACAAUCGCCGGAACCAGCAACGAUUACCGUUGGAAUUCUUGCCGGCGAGGCAUCAGGGGAUAAUCUUGGCGCUGGCCUGAUGACGGCCAUGCAGGCCCAAUCCAAACAAACCCUGAAGUUCAUUGGUGUUGGCGGUGAGGCAAUGGUCGCAGCCGGACUGUCUGCAUUGGCACCUCUGGACGCGCUGGCGGUAAACGGCUUUCGUGACCCUAUUCUGAAGCUGCCUGAGUUGAUCUCUUUAUUACGACGUCUGAUCAGAACUUUUGAGCAAGCGCAGAUCGAUGUGUUUGUGGGGAUAGAUUUCAAUGUCUUCAAUUUUAUUCUCGAAGCAGCACUGCGCAAGCGCGGAAUAAAAACUGCUCAUUACGUGAGUCCCUCAGUCUAUGCCUGGCGAGCCGGACGUACCAAACGCGUCGCCAGAAGCGCAGACCUGUUGCUGUGUCUGUAUCCGUUUGAGCCUGCAUUUUACGCGCAGACCUCUGUGCAUGCUGAGUUUGUCGGUCACCCGCUGGCUGACGAGAUUGAUAUGUCGGCGGGCGCUGAUCCCGCGCGAUUGACCGCACGACAGGCGUUGGGUGUCGGGUCAGAUGCAACUGUUCUGGCGAUGCUGCCUGGCAGUCGCAACAGCGAAGUAGAACUGAUGAUUGAACACUUUCUCGGCGCUGCUGCGUUGUUCGCAGAGCAAACACCAGACACUGUAACAGUGAUUCCCUGCCUACGAACGACAAUUAGAGAACGGGUUGAAACAGCACUGCAGGCUUAUCCGCAGCUGGUGGUCAAACUCUACGAGGGUAACGCCCGCCAGGCUCUGGUGGCUUGUGAUGUUGCUCUGGUGAAGUCCGGCACCAGCACCCUGGAAGCGAUGUUGUUGCAUCGUCCGAUGGUGGUCAGUUACAGGUUGGGAUGGUGGACCUACCAGCUGGCAAAACGGGUUUUGCGUACACCCUAUGUGGCGCUUCCCAACAUUCUGGCCGGACGCCCGCUGGUACCGGAGUUGUUGCAGCACGAUGGCACGGCUCAGGCGCUUGCUCAAGCACUGCAGCAGGAACUGCAUGCAGCAGCGCAGGGAGCCGAAAAUACCAGCGCAUUCGAACAGCUUCAUCAACAAUUACGACAGGGUGCUGAUGCUAAGUCAGCAGCCAGCGUGUUACGCUUGCUGGCAGUGGGCAUCGGUCCAUUGGCUGGCCCGGUGGUAGCAGCGGCAGUCAUCCUUGACCCUGCUAACCCGAUUGAAGCGCUCGCCGAUUCAAAAAAGCUUACGCCGAAAAAACGCGAAAUUCUGGAUCUUGAGAUUCGGCAGAAUAGUCUGUGUUGGGCACUGGGUUGGGCCUGGGUGGAUGAAAUUGAUGAACUGAACAUCCUGCGCGCCAGCCAUGUGGCUAUGCAACGUGCCUGUGAGCAACUGCGUGCUGUACCCGUGCACAUCUGGGUGGAUGGUAAUAAGGUGCCAGAAUUUGGUGUGCCAGCGGUUGCUGUUGUGCAGGGUGAUAAACAUGUGCCGCAAAUCAGCGCCGCAUCAAUCAUCGCUAAGGUUGCCCGGGAUAAAUACAUGAGUGCUUUAGCCUGCCAAUAUCCAGGUUAUGGUUUUGCUCAGCACAAAGGUUAUCCCACAAAGGCGCACCUGGCUGCGCUCCUGGCAUUAGGUACCUUAGUCGACCCGGGUUUUGUGCAUCUGCAUGUGCACAGCGAGUUUUCUCUCGCUGACGGAUUGCUAAAGGUGAAGCCGCUGAUUGCAAAUCUGGCAGGGCAGGGUGCGCCUGCGGUGGCGCUUACCGACAUUGGUAACCUGUUUGCUCUGGUGAAGUUUUAUGAAGCCGCGCUUGGGCGCGGGAUCAAGCCGAUUCUCGGGGUAGAGCUUCAAGUGCAGACAAGUGAAGACGCCGAGGAGCAGCCUGCGCGCGUGGUGCUGCUGGCGAUGAACAAGCAGGGUUACAACAACCUGAUACUGCUGGUGUCCGCCAGCUACACCACAGUCACGACCCGGGGAUUAGUCACAGAAGCGCUGGUUUUUCAGCAUUCGGAAGGGUUGAUUGCCCUGUCUGGUGGGGUAGGUGGGCAUCUUUGGCAGCAUGCCGUAGAUGGCGAUCAGGCGCUGUUAGCGCCACGCAUUCAACGCUGGCAGGCUGAAUUUGGUGACCGUUACUAUCUAGAACUCACCCGUACUGGACGAACGGGGGAAGAUGCUGCUAAUGCCAGUUUGGUGACCAUGGCGACUCAGCUCGGUGUGGCCGUGGUGGCAACCAACGACGUCUGUUUUGCUGUGCCAGAAGAUUUUGAGGCCCAUGAAACACGGGUUGCCAUCCAUGAAGGCAUGACCCUGGAUGACCCUCGUCGACAGCGUAAAUACAGCGAACAGCAAUAUCUGCGCAGCGAUGCGGAAAUGGCGGCGCUGUUUGCAGAUAUACCCGUUGCGCUGCAGAACUCGGUGGAAAUUGCCAAACGCUGUUCGGUUGAAGUGCAGUUGGGUGAAUACAAACUGCCGGAUUAUCCUAUCCCUGAAGAACACACAGCCGCCAGCUUCCUGCAGCUGACCGCCAUGCAGGGGUUGGAUGAGCGCAUCGAGACCCGCGGCUUGCGUGCCCCGGACGCCACCAGAGAUGACUACGUCGCCCGGCUCGAGUUCGAACUCAACGUCAUUAAUGAGAUGGGCUUUGCCGGUUAUUUCCUGAUUGUUAUGGAAUUUAUUGCCUGGGCUAAAGCCAACUCCAUACCCGUUGGGCCGGGACGAGGCUCCGGCGCCGGUUCGCUGGUUGCUUAUGUGCUUGGAAUCACUGAUUUAGACCCCCUCGAAUACGAUCUGUUAUUCGAACGUUUUCUGAAUCCUGAACGGGUAUCGAUGCCGGAUUUCGAUGUCGAUUUCUGUAUGGAAGGCCGUGAUCGCGUUAUCAACCAUGUCAGUGAGCUGUACGGCCAUGAAGCGGUCAGCCAGAUCAUUACAUUUGGCACGAUGGCGGCAAAAGCUGUGGUGCGGGAUGUGGCGCGGGUGCAGGGCAAACCUUAUGGACUGGCGGACAAGCUUUCGAAACUUAUUCCCUUUGAAGUCGGUAUGACGCUGACCAAGGCGAUGGAGGAGGCUGCUGACCUGCGGGAGUUUGUCGAAAGCAGCGAAGAAGUUGCCGAGAUCAUGGAGAUGGGGUUCAAGCUCGAGGGCAUUGUACGCAACGUCGGGCGUCAUGCGGGUGGCGUGGUGAUUGCCCCCAGACUGCUUACUGAAUUUGUGCCGCUCUACACGGAAGAGCUUGGCGGCAGUCUGGUCAGCCAAUACGACAAAGAUGACGUAGAGCGUGCGGGUCUGGUUAAGUUCGACUUCCUCGGCCUUAAAACGCUGACCAUCAUUGACUGGACAGUGCAGAGUAUCAACGCCGGCAAGGCCGAAGGUGAACCACCAUUGGAGAUCGAAGCACUGCCACUGGACGAUCCGGGUGCUUUUGAUCUGUUACGUGCGGCUGACACAACCGGGGUGUUUCAGUUGGAAUCCCGCGGCAUGAAAGAGCUGAUCGGCAAACUCAAGCCAGACAGCAUCGACGAUAUUAUUGCGUUGGUUGCUCUGUUUCGACCGGGGCCUCUGCAAUCCGGCGCCGAUGCUGAUUACAUUAAUCGUAAACACAAAUAUGAACCUGUUGUCUAUCCACAUCCGAGCCUGGAAACAGUGCUGGGUGGCACCUAUGGUGUGGUUCUGUAUCAAGAGCAGGUUAUGCAGGUGGCCCAGGAGCUGGCUGGCUUCACCCUCGGCCAGGCGGAUCUGCUGCGGCGUGCCAUGGGUAAGAAAAAGCCCGAAGAAAUGGCCCGGGUGCGUAAAGAGUUUCUGAUUGGCACCGCCGCUAACGAUGUGGAUCAGACCCUGGCCAACGAAAUCUUCGAUCUGAUGGAAAAGUUCGCCGGCUAUGCAUUUAACAAAUCUCACUCAGCCACCUAUGCGGUCAUCAGUUUUCAGACCGCCUGGUUAAAAGCACAUUACCCAGCUGAGUUUAUGGCCGCAAACCUGUCGGCCGAAAUGCAGAAUAUCGAUCGCAUUGUCGUUUUAAUUGACGAAGUGCGGCGCAUGCAGAUUCCCCUGUUACCCCCAAGUGUUAACCUCAGUCAGCAUCGGUUUUCGGUGCAGAAUGACAGUAUCAUCUACGGGCUGGGCGCUGUUCGCGGGGUUGGUGAAGGGCCGGUGGCGGCUAUUGUUGAAGCCCGUGCGGAUGGCGCUUUCACUGACCUGCAGGACUUCUGUCAGCGUCUGGAUACCAAAAAAGUUAACAAGCGUGUGCACGAAGCAUUAAUUGCCUCCGGCGCCAUGGAUGAGUUCGCCUUGCCGGGAGAGCUUCUGGAUAUGACCCGCGCGCGGCUUCGUCACCAGUUACCCCAGGCGUUGCAGAGUGCAGAACAGCAGCUGCGCAACGCUGAGGCAGGUAUUGUCGAUAUGUUUGGUGGCGUUGAUACCAAUGUCAUCACGCCAACCAGGGCUAUGGCAGACAUCAAAGCGUUAACCGGUCGCGAGCGACUUCAGGGUGAGAAAGAAGCCCUUGGGCUGUACCUGACGGGCCAUCCUAUUGAAGAGUAUGAGCAGGAGCUGAAACAUUUCUGCAAACGUAAAAUUGCCAGGCUGCGGGCAGAAAAGAAAACCCAGUGGGUCAGCGGCAUGGUGGUCAGCACACGGAUUAUGAAAAGCCGACGUGGCGCGCCCAUGUGUUUUCUGGUCCUUGACGACCGCAGCGCGCGUUUGGAAGUUUCAUUGUUCCCCGAUUGCUACGAACAAUUUGGUGCCAAGGUGGCCAAAGAUGAGCUGCUCAUCAUAGAAGGUGAGGUGGGUGCUGAUGAAUUUUCAGGCGGGUUAAGUUUACGUGCAGAGAAAGUCUAUACCAUUGCGGAAGCACGCCAACGCUUCAGUGAAGGAUUUGUGAUCGACUUUCGACAGGCGCCGUUGCCGCCAGACUUUGGUUCCCGGUUGAAGCAGGUACUUGGUCCGCACCGGACCAUGGAUGACGGUUGCCCGAUUGCAAUCUGGUACGCAGCAGCUGAAGCUCAAGCGCGUAUCUGUCUGGGCCAGGACUGGCGCGUGCAGGCCAGCGACGACCUUGUACGCAGUUUGAAUGAAGAAUUUGAUGGCUGCGUACGGCUGGAUUACGCGGGCAGCGGUUAG